GUCGAAGAGGGCAGAGAUGGGUCCACCUUGCUUGAUUGGUGGAGGCCCAGCUCUCUGGAGUGGAGCUUCACCUCACUGAACCUCCUUGACAAGCUGGCCAAGAGUAUUCCUCUGAAGGGGUGGGUUGCCGGCGCGCUCAACAAAAUCACGUUGAAACUCAGCCUACACCCUACCUUUGCCCUAGAGUUCUUGAUGGAGAUUCAGAAACUUAUCAUGGACGGCGCCUUUCAGAUGCAUCUUCGUGAGAGGAUAAUCUUCAGGGCACGCUGGACAGCCAGCAACGGAUUCAGCCGGGAUGUGGAAAGGCAGGAGACUCCUGAUACUCCUGUGUUCGAUGUGCAGAUGCCUCGGCGCAUUGAGAUUCCACUGCUCUUCGGGGUGAGCCCCUGCUUCGGUCUCCCGGCUAAAGACAGCACAGAAGAGUAUCGCAGCGGAGGUCUGGAGCUGACGAUGUGGAGCUCUAGGAAGAAGAUCACCUCCAUCGAGGGCUGUCCAGAGUUUCGCCUCGGGGCCACCUUUGCGCACGACUUCUCGCAGACCCCGGCGGCAGAGGCUUUCUUUGAUCCUCAGGAUGAUCCUGACAGAAGGCUGUGUGUGCGUAACUUGCGGUUCGAGACAGAUGGCAAUGCGGACGUGGGUCGGGACGAGCCUUACCUCAGAGUCUGCAUUGCAGGGAAGUGCAAAAGCACCAGCUACGAAUACUUCGGCAAUGCCGACUGCCCCUGCGGAAACGACAAGUGUGGAUUCGGCGCUCAAACUUAUCGUUGGUGCUAUGUCUCAAGCAGCUGCCCUGUGGCCGAAGAACACCGGGGGUCUCAUUGGACCAGAUGCAUCUAUCCUGCGACAUACCAGGAGGAGCUGUGCUUUGAUGUGCGAGGCACAUGGCUGGAAACGCAGGGCCUUCUCUUCAGUUCGUAUGACUCCGACACCUACUUCGACGAUCCUUACGUCGCCCCCUUGGAAAUCAAGGUGGAUGACCUCGUGAACUACGGUUCGAGGACAUACUGGAGGCUUCCGAUGGAGGCCCUUCUGGGCACCCAGGCCUACCUGACGUUCACCGCGAGGGUGCAGCGCAUGCGCCGGCUCAGCAAUGACGACAGUCAGGGCGACAGCCAGAUCGGGCAUGCGCCGAUCGAGGAGAUGCAGGAGCCAGGUCCUCGCCGGACCUCCUCUCGCUGCAACGCGGGCCAGGUGGACGUGGCACUGGGGUUGCAUGGCUACUUCGGCGGCCUGUUCAUCCCUUACAGCUGGAGCGGCAAGAACAAGGGCCUGAAGUUGGUGAACGAACGCGAUUUCGAAAGCCAAGUCUUCUAUGGCCCCGAG